ACCUUUUCCAUCAUUUAUCCAUUUUUGCUUUCUUUUUCUCCUCUUUUACAUUUUGAGAAUCUUUUGUGUUUCUGGGUUGUUUUAAUUGCACAAUUUUUUUGGUGCAAAUUUGUUUUCUUAGAAGUUUUUAAUAGAUGGGAAAGAAAAAGAAAGAGAUUAUUCAAUUAGAUCGUGAAUCUGUAAUUCCCAUUCUUAAACCUAGGUUAAUACAGGGAUUAACCCAACUUAUUGAAAAUAAGUUAGAGAGGGAGGAAUUUUUGACAUUUUGCAAGAGAGUUGAGUACACUAUCCGAGCUUGGUAUCAUGUACAGUUUGAAGAAAUGAUGCAAUUACACACCCUGUUUGAACCUGUUGUUGGAGCUAAAAAAUUGGAAGAGCGCGAUCUUUCAGAGGACGAAAUUGAUGAACUUGAGCAGAAGUUCCUUGUUCAUCUAUUUCAGAUGAUGAGUAAGAGCAAUUUCAAGAUAGUAUCAAAUCAAGAGAUUGAAGUUGCGGCAUCUGGGAAAUAUUGUUUGAAUCUUCCAAUCAAAGUCGAUGAAUCUAAGCUUGACUCUACACUUCUAAGGAGGUAUUUCUCCAAGCACCCUCAAGAUCAUCUUCCUUACUUUGCUGAUCAGUACAUAAUAUUUCGGCGCGGAUUUGGAUUGGAUCAAAUGACUGCUUACUUUAUUCAAUGGAAAAUUGAUGCUCUUAUUUCACGUGCUUGGCAAGGCUUCUUGAGAUUGACUGGUCUGAGGAGAUUCUUCUCAAGGAGGAGAAGAGCACGCUAUGUGGGAAAUCAAGAACAGCAGGUAGAUAUAGACUCAGAAGAUGAAGAGGAUGGUGAUGAUGAUGGUGAUGAACACGACUUAUUCAUUGAACGAAUUCGCAUCCAGAAUAUGAACCUCAGUAUUCGCCAACUGAUCAGUCAAACAACGAUCCAAGAGCCAACCUUUGAGAAGAUUAUCAUUAUAUACCGAUUGCUCCCUAAGGAAGCAGAUGGUUCUAAGAAAGCAGAUGGCUCUAAGGAAGCAGAUAGUAGAGCAAUUUACGUGAAGCACUUCAAAAACAUUCCCAUGGCUGAUAUGGAAAUCGUUCUUCCUGAAAAGAAAAAUCCAGGACUGACUCCACUUGACUGGGUUAAAUUCCUUGUUACAGCUGCCAUUGGACUGGUGACAGUUAUAACUCAGCUCUGCAAGACUAAAGCUAAUAUAAGAGUGUUGGCGCCUAUUUGCUCUGCGGUAGUUGGUUAUUGUGCUAAGAUUUAUUUCACGUUUCAGAAAAAUUUGAGCGCUUAUCAGAGUUUAAUCACGCGGUCCAUGUAUGAGAAACAAUUGGACAGCGGGAGAGGCACACUACUUCACCUAUGUGAUGACGUUAUCCAUCAAGAAGUAAAAGAAGUCAUUGUUGCAUUCUUCGUGUUGAUGAAAUAUGGGAAAUUCACUCGUCAGGACCUUGACAGGAAAUGUGAGGAGCUGAUCUUAGAGCAAUAUACUGAGAACUGUAAUUUUGACGUAGAUGAUGCUAUUCACAAGUUAGAGAAGUUGGGCAUCGUUCAUAAGGUGAAAGAUAUACCGUCAUUCCCACCUAUUCUCUGUUUAGAUCAAAGUGAACAGUACUCAUCAGUAGAUGUGAAGAAGGCUAAUGACUUUAUUGGCACCACCACGGAGGAAAUUGUUACAAAUGCAAGUCAGAAUGCUCAGUGAUGAAUAUGAUUGAACAUUUGUAUAGCAAGU